UGACGUGGGUAAUCGAGACACUCCUCUACGUGAUAUAAAUCUGAGAAGCGAAAAGAGCAAACGCAGCACAAGGAUCAUUUUAUUUCAUCGUGCUUCAUCGUUUCACUUUCAGUUGAUUAGAUCAUAUAGCUUUUAAUAUAGAUUCUGAUGGUCAAGACCUAAUAUCGAGAAAAGAUCUUUUUAUUGUUCAUCUUGUAUGUCGCGCAUGACGCAGUCAUGUUCGCUAUUCGCUGAUGUCUGAAUAGCCGAAGAGUGUUUCUACACAAGAUUUUUUUUACCCUUUUGGUACUACGUAUAUCGUGGAGGACAGGAAGAAUCUCGAUUUCUUAUAAUUUUGCAAGUGUGAAAUUAGAAACGUUGACAAUAUGGCGUACUAUAACGCUGACGAUGAUUUGAAUGCUGAGAAAUUGCCGAUUGUUGAUCGGAUGGAUGCGGAAUAUACGUUAUAUGUGAAUGAUAUUCCACUUGAGUUAAAUGAGGAUGCCAUCAAAGAUGUUUUUAAUCACUAUGGUAAAAUUGUGGGGAUGUUUCAUCCUCGUAAUGCCAAAUGGGCCUAUAUCACAUAUGGGACUUAUCGUGAAGCAGAACAUGCUAUAAGAGAUCUUGAUGGUAAGAAACCAUUAAAGUUGAAAGUAGCACUUGCAAAGGAGAGAACUACGAAAGAGGAACAAAAGUCAAAUGUGUCAGAGACUUUUGUUGAAAGCGCAAGAGUAGUAAAUACUGCAGAUUCUGUUCAUAAUGAUAUGAAAUCUCAGAGUACGAGUCAUGGCCAGUCAUUAAAUGCAUCCGCUAAACGUGCAAUGCCACCAAUAACAGUACAACAUAGAUAUGCAGAUUCUGCUUUACCUUUGGGUUCCAGGACACCUUAUGAGAUUGAUGAUCCUUAUUGGCAAACAAAUCAAUUAUGGACAAGAGGUGUAAUAACUGUCACCCCAGAUGGAAGAAGACAUGUUUCUCUCGGACGUGGUUAUACACUUUAUACCUUCCCAGAACAAGAUCCUAACAUUGAAGAAUAUGUAUCAAAAGUAUACGAACGACGGAACAAUGGAUUAUACGAAUAUUCAAGAGACAAACUUAAUGGAGUGCAAAAUUGUGUUGUUUGUUCUACAAAAACAAUAAAGCAUUGCGAAAGAUGCUUGACGUAUUAUUGCAGCAAAGUCUGUCAAUUGGAAGAUUGGCCACAACAUGAGGCUCAGUGUAGACGUAUCCCGUCUUUAGUGGAAGAAACGGUUAAUAAUGUAUCAUCUUUACAAAUUGGUCAAGAUGUAGAUCAAACGAAGACAUCAGCGCUGAAUGCAAUUAAUAAAACUGUUAAAUCUAAUGAUUUAAAGUUGCGACGACCUAAUACACAUAAUACGAUGCAAACAGAAAAUUCGAAUGAUGACACAAGUGUAAAUAUCAAUAUGCAUAAAAGUAAUACAAAUGUUACACAUAAUUCUAAUAAUGAUAUUCAGGAAAGACCUCAACAUAAUAAUAUCAAUGUAUCUCAAACUAAGAAGGCAGAUCAACUAAAUACAUCAAACAUCAAAGAAUUUUCUCAACAACAUCGCAGGUAUAAUAAUACUAAUGAUAGCCCUGAUAAUUCGAGAAAGAAUUCUGCAACAUCUAGUUCCUCUGCUCAAAGUUAUCAUAGUCGUAACUGUCAAAAUGACUUAAAUAAGACUAGUAUUAACAAAGAAAGAAAUGAUAACAGUAAUAUAAGAGACAGAAUUUACAAUAAUGAUAAGAAUGUUCCCCAAAGAAAUAGCUUCCAGAAUAAUAAAGGCUCUGCUUGUUAUAACAGAGAAAAUAUCAAUAAAUCAGAAUUGGAAUCUUGCAGCAAUACCUCAGUAAACAGUGAUUUAGCUUUUUAUAAAGAUACACAUUUGUCAAAAACAAAAUUUACAACAGUGGAAGUUAUAAUACCGCUAAAUAAUGAUGAAUAUUGGAUAUAUAAGUUAGAAGAUGCAGAUGCACGUAAUGAUUUAAUGAUAAAGCUACAAGAGGUCGUAAAAACGUCACGUAAUAUGCAUCCAAUUGUCGACGAAGUUUAUGGUGUGAUGUAUGACACUAUUUGGCAUAGAGCUAGGGUGACAUCUUUGAAUCCUACUAAGGUUCAUUUUAUUGAUUUUGGUAAUGAUGAGAUAUUAGAAAAAGAUGCUCCUCUCAAAGAUAUAAAAGAUCUGAUUAAAGCGCCUAAAUUUGCUAGAAAAAUUCGCUUGUCACAAAGCACAAGAAAAUUGCGAGAAGGCGAAAAGAUUUCUGUUAAAACGUUGUCUGUAGAUUCUGAAAACACGACAAUAGUAGAAUUAGAACAAGGACAAUUGGAAAAUUCACCUUUGUGUACAACAGGAAGUAUUUCAAAUAAUGCAGUAAAAAAGUCGCAAAAAAAUUCUGAAACAUCACCAGAUAAAAGUAUAAAAACUUCUAAGAUUCAAAUACCUAACAUCUUGGAUGAUAUUACUAAUUCGAUGAAACAAAAAAAGGUUUCUGAGAUGCAAAUUGCUGGUUUGAUGCAAAUCAAUGAAGCAACGCAAAAAAACGUUUACAGUGUAACUUUAUGUCCAAGUGAUUAUCAAGAUAAGAUUCAGAUGAUUUUCGAAGACUUGGAGGAAGAAUGCAAAAAAGUACAAACAUCUGUACAUUUCAAGCCAAAAGCAGACGACUUAGUUUGCUUUAAGGCACCUGAUGACUAUUGGUACAGAGGGUACGUUUUAGCAUCUCCUGAAACAUCAUCCAAUUGGUCCAUUUUUUCAGCAGAUGAUGCAAAAAUUUUUUCAACGGAUAAAGUUGUGCCAUGUCCUGAAAAAUUCUUGAAUAUUUGUACUUUUGGAGUAAUAUGCGAAAUAAAUCAUCCUACCAUUCAACUGAAAGUAUCGGAGUCAUACGAAUUCACAGCAAUCAUAAAUGAGAAGAGCUGUAAACAAGAAUGUCUUCAAAUACAAAUUAUUGACUCUGAAGUGAUACAAGCUGUGGUGAGGCCAUGGAAAUUCAAAAUUUCGCCGAGUCUAUUUGAAUUAAAGACUGGAUCAAAGGUAUGUCUCACAAGUUAUCGAAAUCAUUUUUGUAUGUUUGCACGCUCCUUGGACGACGCUGCAGUAGAAUAUUACAAUAGUAUUAUGCAAUCUGUUGCACGAUAUGCACAAACAGCACCAUCUCUAACUGAACUUCCAACUAAAGAAAAAAUAGUGAUUGCGCCAUUCGAGGAUGGUAAUAAUUAUCGCGCAAUAAUUCUAAAAACGCAGAAUGAUAAAGCUAUGAUAGCAUACAUUGAUUUCGGCAAUGUAGCCGAAAUUGAUAUAAAAGAUCUUAAAGAAAUGCCAGAAUGUCUUUCACUGCAACAAAGCUGUUCAGGCAAAAUAAUUUUAAAAGAUAUUCCUCGCGAUAUCCCCAGCAAUCAAGAAGUUGACUUAUAUCUUCGUGAAUUAGUAGGCAAUGAAGUAUCUCUGAUAUGUACAUUUGAAGGUGGAUCAGCCAAAGAUGGAGUUUAUUUGACAACACUUACAGGAGAAUCUAUCAAUGAUAAAAUAAAUCGGCUAUUAAUCCCAGGAUGGAAAAGAGAAAAUAAGAGUGACAAUGUGUGCUACAUGUUCAACGAUAUUAAAGCCGCAGCUUUAGGAAGCGUAGGUGAUACAGUAGAUGCAGUAGUAGUGUAUAUGCGUGCAUCAAUGAUACAGUCCUUUAUGAUUGCUCCUUUCGAUGUUGAGCUAUUAACUUAUGUCUUUAAUGUGAUGCCUACUAAGCUAAAAGAGUAUUGCGAAAAAGCAGAAUAUUAUAUACCAAGACAACAUGAAUUAUGUUUAGCAUUGUACGAGGGGAUGUGGUAUCGAGCAGCAUGUAUUGAUCCUAAGGAAUCAUACACAACUGCACAAAUUUUGUUUCUUGAUUAUGGGAACAUAGAAUCAGUAGAACAUAAGAAUAUUAGGUUGAUGCCCAAAGACUUUGUAACACCUUCUGCAGUUGCAAAUCUGUGUGAAGUUGUCAAUUUGGCACCAGUCGAUAAUGGCAAUUAUUCCGAAACAGUACAAAACAAACUAAGUGAGUUGAUACAAGUAAACUCGCAAAUUAAAAUUAAAAUUGUAGAAUGCGUUUGUGAGGGUCAAUAUAAAGUUGAGUUGCCAGAUGUACGCGCUGAGCUAGUUAAACAUGGUCUCGUAUAGUUUUCGUAAAAAUUUUAAUUUACGUAUAAUUUUAUGAAUUAUGUGAUCUUGUGUAAGAUGAUAGAAGAUAAUUUUUAGUCUUAAGGCAUUAUAUUGGCAUAAUUUGAGGCUGAUUUGACGUCAUAUAUUUUAAACAGUGGACAAGAUUUGAGUACGGCUCGGAGUAUUUGACUUACACACGAUUCUUUUUAUUUGUUAAUUUUAGUCUACUGUUAUCAUGUUUUGUUUCUCAAGGAGAGCAGUUUUAUUUUCAUGUUUCUAUGUUUAUGCCAUAUUUACAAAGACAUCUUUUUUUGCUACAAAUAUUUAGACUAAAAUAAAAUUUUUGUAUUUCUUAAUAAAAAGAUGAUUAUAGCACAUA